ACACUGUAUUUUCAUUUUUGGCCGCGGAGAUUUUCCGAUUUGAAUCCGAUUUUUUUACUUUUUGUGCUGGUAAUAUUUAAUUUUCAUUUAGAGAUCACCUGGAUCCAGUUAAUAACAGACAGGUCAGCAAGAAGAUGCGAGCAAGAUGCCUCGAGCACCAAGGCUGUCCCAACAAGAACUUGAUGAUGAAUUUGAGCAGUUUCUCAAAGAGUCUCUUUCCGAUGACUCCAUGGAUUUCACCAGCAAGCGGAAUAGAAGUCCAAGAAGAGGGAAGAAAGAAGACACCGGUACCCCAUGGUGGAUGAAAGGAGAUGAUGACUAUGGACUGAAGAGUGGAAGAGGCAAGAAGAACGCUGAUAAUGAACCCGCUUCUACACCAAGCAGCAUGAAAUGGUUGAAACCCAAGAAACAAUCUACUCCUCUUAGAGAUGUUCAGGAAGAGGAAGAUGAAGAAGUCCCGAAGGGCAUUUUAAAGAAGGGAAAACGUAUAGAGGAGAAGGACGAAGUGGAGUCCGCAAAGACCUCUGAAGUUCCAAGAAAGCAGAUCAGAAGAGAUAGUUUAGAAGAAGAUGACUUUGAUGAAAAGUUUGAGGAAAGUCGAAAAAGAAGUGGAGUCAUACCAGAGCAAGCCAGCUUUGAGGAUACAUACAGUCAGUCAGAAACAACAGAAGGCCUUACAACUGGAGAAUCAAUCAGCCAGGAUCCUUAUGGAGGCCAGAGCACUAUGGGCUCCACCGGUCAGGAUCAAUACGGAGGCCUGAGCACCUUCGGAUCUACCGGACCAGGAGCCGAGACGCUUGAAGAGAUGGCUGACAAGGCAAGGUUCUUCAAGGAGCUUGAAGAGAAAGCAGAGAGAACCGUAGACUAUAGUAGACUGAACAGAGAGGCUGAUCUAUCAGGCACUAUGGGUACCAUGGGGACACUCCCAUCGGCUUACAUGGGAUCUCCAGAGGACACUGGCCAACAGGUCAAGAAGAUGGAAGAUUUGUUUCCAGCAGACUCUGGUAAUGCAGGCGAUAUUCCGGCGAAGAAGUCUUCUCCAAAUGAAAAGGACCAAUCUGAUGGCGGUAUGCUAGGGAAAGUUGCUUUACUGGAUACAAUUGACACAACCCUUAGUCCAGUGAAAGCUCCAAGGAGAUCUCCACCCGCAGGCGGGCAUGGUGACGCCCCUUCUACCAAUCGAGGAGGCUUCUUAAAUUCUGGACCAACAGGUCUUGCUCCUACAGAUACUAGAGGUCUAAGUACUGGUGGUACUACAGGAGAGUUGGAAGCUCUCCAGGCGAUCUUGAGGGAAGCAGCGGACACACCUACCUUACACCUUGGUGAGGACAUGGAUCACUCGGUCAACAAGGGUAACAAGGAACGCACUAUAGAAGAUAUACUACGGGAAGCAAAUCAAGAAAGGCAUUCUAAAAAUGAUGCCCAAGAUGAGACCAGAAGUUUCAGUCUCGAGCCUGCGCACUAUCCCUCCAGGGAAGAUCAAGGGACGCGAGGGUUGGAUUUACAACCAGCCAAUCAGGAGACAGGGAUUGGAUCACAUGACACAGAUGUCCGUGGUACAGACUCCGAGGCCAGAGGGUUUGCUUUGAGUCCCGUCUCUGAAGGUGGGGAGGCGAGAGGUUUCAAUCUUCAGCCUGCGUCACCUGUGCUUAGAGGGAUGGAUCUUCAAUCGGCUAGUGGUGCUGACAUCGAGUCCAUUGACAGUGCCCAACCCGUGCCUUCUCAGGCACGGAAGCCAGUGUCCAAGAAAAGAACUCCAUCUAAACAGAGAGGGCGCUUUUCACAUGUUAGGAGCUCCGGAUACGGACCAAAGCAGUCCGGUCAGAAGGCUGCUUGGUCACCGGCCGAUGUUGGCAAGCAGAAGGUCAAGGGUUCUGAGAUCCCAGCAUUGAAUGGAAGAGAUGAUAAAUCCCAGAGACAUCUUCUAGCUUCAGUGGAUUCCUUUGCUUCGUACCUUCACGAUCAGUUCGCUGAUGGUAGAAGAACCACCCCACCCCUUAAACAAUCCACCGAUGAGCCCAUCCUUUCUGCCAGCAUGCGGGAGGCCAAACUUCACACGCUAUCUCGUGAGAGGGCGCUGGUCGCUGAGGUGAAUGAAUGGCAGCAGCAGUGGCAGGAGGAGAGACGUCUCAACGCCAAGAUGAGAGCCGAGAUAACGGACCUACAGAGGGAGUGUGAACGCAAAGAGACACAGCUGAGACUGGAGCAUGAGAAGGAGAUCUUCAAACUAAAGCAAGAGAAUUUUGUUCUUGUUGCAAAAUUGAAUAGCCAGGAUGAUCAGGACAAGGCCCGUAGAAGAGAGUUGGUUUCAGGGAAAACACCAGAAGGUGUGAGCCAAGAGGAGCAGCUCAAGCUGAUGCAGAGAGAGAUCGUCCAACAAGAGACAUUGCUUCAAGGAUACCAACAGGAGAAUGAACGACUGUUUGGUGAGGUCAAGACACUCCAAGGAGGCAACAAAGAAAACGAGGCAAGGAUGUUCAAAGAGAACCAGAGACUGCAAACGGAAGUCGGCAACCUAAGAGAGCUGAUGGAGAUGAAAGACAGAGCAUUGAGGAACAAAGGCAUCAUCACAGGCGAUAGAAUACAGCAAGAGAUAGCUGCAGGGAAUACAGCUGUACUGGGAGCAGGAAAGAUAGCGGAAUUACAGGCAGAGAUCAAAGAACAUGAGGUAUGUGAAGCUACAUUAAGAGCGGAUGCUAGACAGUUGACCCAGGAGAAGAAAGAACUUGAAGACCACAUUGAGCAGCUAGUCAGAGAGAAGACUAGGCAACAGGAAAGACUGAAUUCUAUGAGAGAUGGCAAAAAUAUUGAAUUCAAGGAGUUGCAGAUGAAGUACGAGCGUGAGAUGGAAUCCCUUCAGAAGAAAGUUAGAUGGUACACUGAGAAUCAAGAACUCUUGGACAGGGAUGCAGCGGCUCUCAAGGAGAAAGAUGAUCAGAUAGCGGAAUUGAAAGAACAACUUAAGAGUGGUCCUAAUAAGCCAAACAGUAAGAAUAUGGAGGCCCAAAGGAGAGCCAAAGAAAGAGCAGCUGAUGCUAAGAAAAUACAAGAUCUAGAAAGACAGGUCCGAGAAAUGAACGACAUCAUCAGAAGGCGACACCCGAACUCACUGCCUGCCCUCAUCUACGCUGCUGCCUCCACCUCAUCUCCACUCCCUGCUGAGGGCAAAGGCCAGAGGUCAACUGAAGGUCAACCAAGGUCAAUAACCUUUUUGGAAGACAAGGUCAAGAGGUUGGAGAAGGAAUUGGAAGGGAAGGAGGAGGGCAACAAGAGAGGUCUUCGGGUUGUUGAGCAAAAGUACAAUGCAAUGAAGGUGAGAUAUGAAGACAGGAUCAACUCUCUAGAGUCACAAGUAGAGCAGUACGAGACUGGUAGACAAUCCCAGACCCGUCCCCACACCAGUGUGACAGCACUGCAGAAGGAGCUGGACGGCAUUAGAGAACGGAACAAGAACCAGCUCCUGGAGCUGGAGAAGGAAAACAAGGAGCUUAAGAAACGAUUGUCCAAGGCAGUGACAUCAGGAAUGAGUGGAGGAGAUGGGAAUGGAAAGGAUGGACGGAUAGGAAGAGGAUUGAGUGAGAAGGAACUCCAAGGAAAGCUCUCUCAGCUGGCUUUAGAGCUUGGUGCUAAAGACAAGGAGCUUGAGCUACUAAAAGCUACAGUCGACAGAUUGAUGGAAGAAAGAUUCCAUGCAAUGAAUGCUGCAGAGAGUAGCAAAGGUAAAACUAAGAAGUUAAAGAGACAAGGAAGUAAAUCAGAGGUGGUGGAGGAAUCGACCAAGCCGUACAUUCCAGAAAACUUCACUGGAUCUCAUAUAUCAGAUGUUCUGAUGGAGAAUGAGAGACUAAAACAUCAGCUGGAUGAUGUAACCUUAGAGAUGGAACAGCAGAGGGUCCACCUUCAUGCCGUGCUGGCCGAAGCGGAGGGCGCCACCAGACAGGCAAGAGAGAGAGCUACCGAAGAGAUGUCAUCGUUAAGAUCGCAUCAUCAGAUGGAGAUUGAGAGGAUGAAAGCCGAGAGAGCGUUGAUGGUGGGAGAUUCCAAGAUGGCGAGGUUGAAUAGUCAGGUGGAGACACAUCAGGUGAUGGUAAGAGAGCUACAAGACCAGCUGAGCGAGGCUCGUCUGGAGAUAGACCGUCUCCAGGCCUCCAGGGUGAGGGAGCGUGUGAUGGAGACGCAGGUGGAUCAACUGAGGGUGGAGCUACGAGAGGCUAAGGAGAACCACACACCGGAGAUGAAGCAUUUUGAAGCACUGCAAGCCAAGAUAGUAGCAUUGGAAAGCAGACAUAUCCAACGUGACAAAGACCUACAACUCUUGGUGGAGAGAGCUACUCACAGUGCUACUUCAGAGAAGGACCAAGAGAUCUUGACUCUCAAAGGGCUUGUUGCAUCCAAGAACAUGGAGAUUCAGAGGUUCCGAGUUGAGCUGGAGGCCAUCCUAGAGGUUCUUAGAGAGCUUCAACGACAAGGUGUAGUUCUUCCUUUAGACAGCCAGUCAGUCCACUCUAUGUUAUGACACAUGUACGGUAAUCCUUAGGUUUAGCGUAUAGCUAGAGUCUAUCUUAGAGGUUCUUAGAGAGCUUCAAAGACAAGGUGUAGUUCUUCCUUUAGACAGCCAGUCAGUCCACUCUAUGUUAUGACAUAUGUAGGGUAAUCCUUAGGUUUAGGGUAUAGCUAGAGUCUAUCUUAGAGGUUCUUAGAGAGCUUCAAAGACAAGGUGUAGUUCUUCCGUUAGACAGCCAGUCGGUCCACUCUAUGUGAUGACACACGUAGGGCUAUCUUCAGGAUUAGAGUAGGUCCAACUAAAGAACUUCAAAGACAUGGUGUUGUUCAUUUGUUAGAGUGCCAGUCGGUCCACUCUAUGUUAUGACACAUGCAGGCAAUCCAGAGGUUUAGUGGGGUAUCCUAGAGGUUCUUACAGAGUUUCAAAGACAGGGUGUAGUUCUUUCGUUAGACAGCUAGUUGGUCCACUCAUUGUUAUGGCACAAGUAGGGCAAUCCUGAGAUUCAUGUCAGGCACCACUAGAGAUUCAUAGAGAACUUCAAAGACAGGGUCUCAUGCUUUAAGACAGCUAGUAAGUCCACUCUAUGUGAUGACACAUGUAAGGCUAUCUUCAGACUUAGAGUAGGCACACCUAAAGAACUUUAAAGAUAUGGUGUUGUUGGUCUUCCGUUAGACAGCCAGUCAGUCCACUCUAUGUUAUGACAUAUGUAGGGCAAUCCAGUGGUUCAGGGAUGCCAUCCUAGAGGUUCUUAGAGAAUUUAAAAGACAAAGGGUCAUUCUGCUGUUAGACAUCCUGUCAAUCCACUUCAUGCUAUGACACAUGAAGGGUAAUCUAAAGGUACAAGGAGGAGAUGUACAGUAGGCCAUUCGAGAGAUUCUUAGAAAGCUUUAAAGACAGGGAUUUGUUCUGCCAUUGGACAGCCAGUCAGUCCACUCUAUGAUAUGACACAUGUAUGGCAAACUUGAAGUUUAGAGGGGUCAUUAGCAAAAUGACCUUUAAAAAACAAUCAAUUUUUAAGGAUUUAUUAUGGGGGAAAAAAAUACUGGGAAACUAAGUUAGCACAAAAAAGGUUACAAAUCGCACAUAACUUACAAAGAGUGUUGUGAUACUCCACCCAUACCUAUUUAAGAAACUUGAAGAUAUUUUAUGCAAUCAGGCCAAGGUGUAGUUAAUUGAUAUCUGGCAUGAAUAUUAAUUUCUUGAAAUGCUUGUGCAGUGAGAUACAGCUGGGCUAAAACCAGGGCAAUAAUGAUCACAUUUAGUGCCUCGAUAACUUUGCAGAGUGGAUAUCAUAUGCAAGUGUCCGGUGAAUUACAUUAUUUUUAUUAAUAAUAAUAAUGAUAGUCACUUUUUGUAUAGCGCAUUAACACAUAAAAAACAUGUCUCUAUGCGCUUUAGAAUAUACAUGUAAAGGAAAGGAAGAGAUGUGUUAGUGAGUUCACUUUGUUGAGGUUAGGUACAAUUUAGACAAGUCGGUUUUAAGGGCUGUUUUGAAAUUGUUAACUGAAUCGAUUGUUUUCAGGGAAUUUGGGAGUUUAUUACAUAAAAAUCUUACACAUGAAAUCUUAAACAAUGCCUUGUGUAUAACAACUGAAAUCUUGCUUUGUAACCAAACCUUUGUCUUUUGAAUGAUUAUCUCUUUCCUUUUUCCCUCAUACGUUUGUUCUGUACGAAGUGCAAUUAUUGUUAUUCCAUCAAUGUUUUAAUAACUCUAAUUUAUUUGAAAAUAUUCGGAAUUCAUAACAUAGAAUUCCUUGUACAUUUGUUCUGUAAAUAAAAUUGAUAUUUCUAUAAUUAAUAAUAGUAAUUUCUUGCUUGUCUUUAAUAUCCAUUAUGUUGAGUAUAUCUUAAAAAAGUAAUGAAUCAGUGACCAUUAGGUUAUUAGAAAUGGUAAGACAGUAUUGUCUUUAUCAUUAUUCAUAUUUAGAAGAAUAUAGGUACAUGUACCUUAGCUUUAGUCAGAUAUAUUAGACCACGUAAUUUGUUUUUUCAACUUGGAAGGAGAAAUUUGAAUCAGGAGAGGUCUAUAACAAGUUUUGCGUAAUUUGGUCUAAAAAAUUACUUCAACUUGAAUGAACUAUUGACUUAUAAAAGGUCUACUUGUGCAAGUUUAGUGGUACAUAUUUUUUGCAAUUGCCAACUUUCCUUUGAAUGUCCUACAGAUACUUUGAAAAUACACUAACACUUCCAUCAUCAUUAUCAUCAUCAUCAUCACCAUCAUCACAACCAUUAUCAUCAUCAUCAUUUAUUACCAUCAUUUCAUCAUCGUCAUCAUCAUCAUCCCACUAUUCUCCUUCUCUCCCUCUUCCUAUCUUUUCUCUCUCAUACAAUUACAUUACAACUCUCUUUUUGGGGGUGUCUUAUUCUCUAAAUCAAUUUCUCUUUUUUCCACUCCUGUCCCAUUCUUUGUUUCUAUAAUCCCCAUCCAUCUCUGAUGGCUGUCAUCGCUCCUAUUCUCAAAAGAGGUUUAAAUUGUACUGUUGCACAAAACUGUGGAUUAAGCAGUUUUCUUGUAUUAUCAUGCUUCCCUUUGAGCACCCUUUGCCAAAAGCGUGUAUACAUUUUAAUAAUUUGAUUUUUCUUAGUGUAUGCAAUGAAAUAUGCACAAUUACCGGUAUGUAAAAAAAUCUGCUCAGUCCAUGGUUUUGUACAAUUGAAUUCUUUUUCGAGAAUAAGGGCCAAAAUUGAAGUGCUUUAGAAGUCUGGGGCCCGUUUCUCAACACAUGGACAAGUUAGUCAUAUCUUUAUCCACCAACCACGGAGUUAGUUCCAAUCUUACUAAACCUGUUUCUCGAAAGGUUUCCUAACUAGAAUACCUUGAUAUCGAUACUAUCGGUAAAAAGAGCAGACGAGACGUAGCCUUAGUCACAAAAUAGCACAAUUUUC